ACCAGUCUUUAAACCUCUCCCUCUAUAUAAAUCCCACUUUUAGCAAAAUUAGCUUCCACUUCCCCCCUCUCUCCCCUUCAGGCCUCCCUCCGAACAAAUUAAGAAAGGCUCAUCCCCCGAUCUCAACUUUCGAUAUCUCUGUUUGGGGGAAUCUAAGAGAAAUGUCGAAAGCUGGUGCAUUAGAUCUCGCUUCCGGUCUCGGUGGAAAGAUCGAUAAAAGCGAUGUUCUCUCCUCCGUUGAAAAGUAUGAAAAGUAUCAUGUUUAUUAUGGAGGUGCCGAGGAAGACAGAAAAGCCAAUUACUCUGACAUGGUAAAUAAAUAUUAUGAUCUUGUUACCAGUUUUUAUGAGUUUGGCUGGGGGGAGUCUUUCCAUUUUGCACCCAGAUUCAAAGGGGAGUCUCUCCGUGAGAGCAUCAAGCGACAUGAGCACUUUCUUGCUUUGCAACUUGGCCUGAAACCUGGACAGAAGGUUUUGGAUGUAGGAUGUGGAAUUGGUGGACCUCUUAGAGAAAUUGCACGAUUCAGCUCAACAUCAGUAACAGGGUUGAACAACAACGAGUAUCAGAUAUCAAGGGGAAAGGAACUCAAUCGCAUUGCAGGAGUUGACAGGACAUGUGAUUUUGUGAAGGCUGAUUUCAUGAAAAUGCCAUUUCCUGAUAACAGUUUUGACGCUGUAUAUGCAAUUGAAGCUACAUGCCACGCACCAGAUGCAUAUGGAUGCUACAGUGAGAUUUACAGGGUAUUGAAGCCAGGACAAUGUUUUGCUGCAUAUGAGUGGUGCAUGACUGAUGCUUUCAAUCCACAUAACCAAGAACAUCAAAAAAUUAAGUCAGAAAUAGAGAUUGGUGAUGGCCUUCCUGAUAUUAGGUCGACUGGGCAAUGCAUUGAUGCUCUAAAGAAAGCUGGUUUUGAGGUCAUAUGGUCAAAAGAUCUUGCAGUGGGCUCACCUAUGCCAUGGUACCUGCCUUUGGACACAACUCACUUCUCACUGAAUAGCUUCCGUUUAACAGCUGUUGGGAGAUUCUUUACAAGAAAUAUGGUCAAAGCCCUAGAAUAUUUAGGAGUUGCACCCAAAGGAAGUCAAAGGGUUCAAGAUUUUCUUGAGAAGGCAGCACAGGGAUUGGUUGAAGGUGGAAGGAAGGAGAUUUUCACCCCACUGUUUUUCUUUAUUGCUCGGAAGCCGCAUUCAGACAGCCAGUAAUGGAGCGCAAGCUGUGCUGCUUCAGUUUUCAAUCUUCCUGGUAAUCGUGAUGGCAGUGUGUAUCUUAGAAUUAACCAUGACAAUGUUAUGCCGCCGCUGUUCUGUGAUUCUCUCAACUCUGUCCAGUUUUCUUCGAAUUGAUUUGUGUUGUACCUCUUGAUAUUUGCUUGAUAAUUUAUGUCAGCUUUCCGCUCCGUUUCAAUCUUUACCAAUCCAACGGACAAGAUUUUACC